AACUAAGCCAAGGAAGUGGUCAGUGAUGCUGAAAGUUCAACAGUUUUAUUGGUUUUGUGACUUACAAAGCAAAGUACAUGGAACAGCAGUAUGGACAAUCUACAUCCAAAUCCAACUUCCUAAUAGGAGUGACAUCCUUGCCUCCUGUAGGUCUUGGAAUUUUCCUAGGAGGGCUUAUAAUGAAAAAGUAUAAAAUGGGCAUCAUUGCAGCGACAAAGUUUUCAUUUAUCAUGUCAUUUUUGUCCUAUGCCACCAGCAUGUUACACUUUUUUGUUGGCUGUGACAACCAUGUGGUGGCAGGAAUGACAGUGUCCUAUGAAGGCAACCCCAUUCCGUACCACAACAAUUCCCUAUUUUCGGAAUGCAACUCUCACUGCAAAUGUGCCUCCAAUGUGUGGGACCCUGUGUGUGGAGCCAAUGGGAUCACCUAUGUCUCUGCAUGUCUGGCUGGGUGUGGGACUUCCGUGGGACAUGGAAAGAACACAGUCUUCCAUAACUGCACAUGUCUUGAAAUCAACCGUUCAUGGACAGGAAACAAUUCUGCCACCUUGGGGCAAUGUCCAAAAAGUGAUGAUUGCUCGAUGAAUUUCAUUUAUUACACAGUAAUACAAGUCAUAGGUGGAUUUUUCUAUGCCCUGGGAGCCACUCCUUCAUACAUGCUUACAUUCAGAUGUGUCCAGCCAGAGCUCAAAGCUCUGGCAGUUGGUCUCUUCACGCUCGUUAUGAGGAUGUUGGCUGGGAUUCCAGCACCAGUUUAUUUUGGCGCAGCCAUCGACAAGACGUGCCUGAAGUGGGGCAGCACCAGCUGUGGGAAGAGAGGGGCUUGCAGGCUCUAUGACUCCAAUGCAAACAGGUAUGUCUACCUUGGUUUAGGAGCAAUUUUAAGAGGUCCUUACUUCUUGGUUGGAAUAAUUUUUUAUAGAUUGAUAAAGAAACACUUUCAAAAUAAGAACUCCAGGUCUCUGGAGAAUGGACAAGAAGAUGCUGCUAUGAAUAAAGAAGACAAUUGCAAGGUCAAAGAACAUUUGCCAGGUUCUGAUGCAGAGAAUGAAUCCUCUAUUUAGAAAGAAAUUUAGAUAUGUGAAUCAGGUCGGCUUCUUUUAGAAACACCAUUCAAAAUGCUGUGAGUAACUAAAUAAUAAAUAAUAGCACUGUACAGAGAGCAUAACUAAUAGCAAAACUGCAAACAACAACAAUAAACACUAACAAACAAGAA